AUGGUUUGCUCCGUGACCAAUGUAGCAAAGACACUCUGCAGUGAGAAAAGUGGGAACAACAGUAGCCCGACGAGCCUCGACGAAUCUAACGCAAACAACGGUAUACUGAACUUGGAAACGACUCAUCGAAGGUCGAUCGAGGCAAUAAUUGACUUCAACAAUUCCCACAGUCAUCAAAACAACAAUCACCAUCAUCACCAUCACCAUCACCACACCCAUCACACUAGUUCAUACAAUCGAUUGAGAACGAGACGUUCGAGCAGCAGUAACAGCGUGAGCAGCAACGAGGAACCACAGCAAACGAGUUUACCGCGACAUCCCCACGUAAUUGAUACACUGAUAAGCGAUAGAAUGUCGUCGCUGAGCGACGCUCAUCGACGAAGCAGUACCAACAGUGCCGGAAAUCAUCUUGUUGAUCCCGGCGAACGCAGUUCCUCGGCUGGCUCUUCGCUGGGCUCGUGUUCACCACCACCAGCUUCCAGCCAAUCGCCACCUCCUCCCCGACCGGCUUGGCUCCAUGAUUUUCACGCAGCAGCAUCGCCCCAUGUCUUGCAAUUUCUAAACCUAAGCGCUGCAGGCGGUGGAAUGCUCGGCAGCCAACCACUAGCUGCACUUCACUCGAUGGCUGAACGGAGCCAUCAACAACAACAGCAACAUCAAGCCGCACAACAAGCCGCUGCUCAACAACAAGCACACGCCGUUCAACUCCAUCAACAGCAACAGCAACAAGCUGCCGCUGCUGCACAUCUCACGGGAUUAGUCGGCGGAGGCGCGAGCCUCGGUAGCACCCAACCACAAGGACAAUCAUCCCCAACCGGUAGUGGAAAACAUAGUCCGGCAACAUCCAUCACAUCCGUCGGUAGCAACCCUCAUGGAAUCGAUAAUAUUCUUUCGAGGCCCGUCGCCUCUGUAAACAAUCAUCCUCAGGUCCCAGUUUCUGCUACUCAUGGAUUACCACCCGCGCCUCAUCCACAACAUCUCGCAGCACCGAGAUACGCCAUGCAUGCCGGGUUUACGGCCUCAGCAGGAAUCGGACAAUUUCAACAGAGAACGGAACCCCGUCAUCCUGCCGUUUAUUGGCCAGGACUUCAAGGCUUGGUCAGCGAUCCAUUGGCAUGGCGAGCUAGAUUACACUCCUUGUCACAGCAACUCGGAUGCCAACAAGCCAUGACCGGCUCCGGCGGAGGCGCCGGGGCUGGCGAUCACGAGGGCGGUAAGAAAAAACACACGAGGCCAACGUUCAGCGGACAACAAAUAUUCGCUCUGGAAAAAACUUUCGAGCAAACCAAGUACCUUGCCGGACCCGAACGCGCGAAACUCGCCUAUGCUCUUGGAAUGUCCGAAUCUCAGGUCAAGGUGUGGUUUCAGAAUCGUCGAACGAAAUGGCGAAAGAAGCACGCCGCUGAGAUGGCGACGGCGAAGAGACGACAGGAGGAAGUGGAGGGUGUCGUAGCGGAGGGCGAAGACGGUUGCAGCGAUGGUGAGAUGGACGGUGGUGGUGAGACAGCGGCUAAAAGGCUGAGAAGGGAACUCGAGCAACAGUACGGACCGUGAGAAAAGAGACGCUGGAUUGCGAGGGUUAAAACAGGCGUGGCCACGGUUUAUAGAGGGGCGGUUUGGAACAAGCGCAGAGAGGGCUCCACGGCGGCAUCGCGAUGAGGAUUUUCUCUCGCUGGGCCGAGGGAAAGACAGAGCGAGAGAGGAAAAGAGAAAGAGGUUGCGCGCGUUUCGCGAGGACUUUCUGUCCUAGGAGUGGCGCUAUAUAGUGAGCCCGGGAUCGCGUUAGCUCGCCAGCUCAAUAUAUAUACAGACGUCCGUGUGUGUCUAUAAGUGAGAUAACGAAAACGAGAAUACGAGCCACCGAAGAGGGAAAAAGAAAAGCUCGCCGAACAAUACGCACAGUCCGACAAGAACCAACGACUCUCUCCGCACAAUAUCAAUGGUGGAAAAACGAAGGAAAUCCCAUUGAAAUGAAGGAAAAUACGAGGACGAAAAGCUUCCGCAAAAACUCGACUCUUUUUCAUUUUGAAUUUUUUACUUUCUUCCCUCCAUCGUGUUUUUUACAGUAGCCAUUGCCCGCAGGGAAACUCGACGUACGAUAAUACCAAAAAGGAAGAGAGAGGGAGGGAGGGAGAAACAAAGGGAUGAAGUGGCUUCUUUUCUCUGGUCAAUAUCUACUUGUUCCACCAGACACUACACUUUUUCACCUCCUUUUAUGAAAAAUUUGUUUCCUCCGUACCUUCCUCCUCCGGUUCCUCCUCAUUUUCUCUCUUUCCCUGCCCCCUUUCCACCCACAGAUAUACACGCUCUAUUCCUCUUCAAUAUUCUUCUCGGACAUUGCUCGUUCUCUCGCAAAAUUUCGUCUUCGAAACUCGGAACUUUCCGGUCCAUUUCCACGUAAUAAGUUCGUGGUUUUGGCCGAGGCGGAAACUAAAUUCUAUAAGGUGUGCGCCAGUGAUUUUCGACAAAAGGAAGAGACCCAAAGACACUUCCGGCUCGUCGGAUUGCGUCGAGAAAAAUAGACAAUCGUCUCCUUUCUACGGAUUUCGAGUAUGUGAAAUGACAUUUUUUUUCUCCACCUAUGGAUUGUGACCGUACUGUUUCGAAAGAAUAAUACCGCGAAGAAGAUUAUUCUUUCUAUCGGAAAUACGAUUUUUUUUCUUCCCGAACUUUCGGAGUGAAUUAACACGGAUUAUUAUGGCUUCGAGUUCAACGAGUUUACAAACUGAACUAUUUCCUCGAUCAGUGCAAUAAUUAUUUAAAUAUCGGAGAGCCCUGUGUUUUCGAAAACAUAACUAUAAAUUAUCUUGGCAUAUAAUGCAUAUGUGUAUGCAUAAAAUAUUAAUAUGUCUUAUAUAUAUAUAUACGAGAGAAGCGGACGCGAGAGACGAAAAAAAGAGGCCGUGAUCCAAGUUCGUCGCCAGAAAAAAAUUCAUUACCCACGCGCACACUUGUACAUAUUAAUGUAGAUAUUUGAAAAUGAUGAGUAAAUGAAUUAACGUGAUUGUGAUAUUUGGCGUUUCAAAUGAAAACUCGAUGUAAUUAGAACUCGAAGUUAUAUUAACUGUUACAAUUAUAUAUGUAUAUAAAAAUAUAUAUUAAUAAAGACAAAAAAAACACAUCAACAUACUCGAUCUCAAAAAACAAGAGCAGGGGUGCGAUGAAAAAUAAAAUCUAGUGAAUUCUUUUCCCAUAUUUUCUGACACUAGCGCCAGGCUGCUUUCGAUUGACAGGGAGAGAUAUGCCAGAAAUACUAUUAUCGCUUUAAUGCGGUCGUGUGAAAAUACAUGCGCGAUUAUGAAAAAUGAAAUGAAAUUCAUUAUUUAUCAAGGAAAUAUCAAGGAAUCUUGAAUUCGAAAGAAUUUUUAAAUUUUUAUUAAAAUCCCCUCACUCGCAGAAACUCGCUCACAGGCACGUAAAAAUUUAAUGCCUGCUCCAUUUAUUUAUAUAUGUAUAAUAUAUUUCUACGUAUUAAUGCCCAAGAGUAAAAACGUCUCGAACUGCUCCUGAAUUGAACCUAAUCUUAUUCUGAGCCAGCACCCAAAUAAUCUCGAAUGAGCAUUUCAUUUUCACAAUUGGGCUUGAACGACCUCAUUUUAAAAUCAGUUCUUUAUGUACUGCUCACGAGUGAAAAGUGCACAGAAUCUCCAGUCGAAAUUGUUAGAACCGUUGAAAUACUCAUGGUCGAACUAGACUCGACUUUCAUUUCGAGUGAAAAAAAAUUGGAUUCUCCGAGUUCUAGUGCGUGGGAUAAUUAAUCAGAGAAAAAUUGUGAUUUUUUUAUCACUCACGAAUGAAAUAAUGAAAAAUAAAUUAUUGGGCAAUGUCAAACGAGCAACUCGUGGGUGGACUCACUCCCAUUUGCUGUUUUAACAGUAUUAGAUUUUCGAAGAAAUAAAAUUCAGGACUCGAAAGUGGUUUUUCAUCUUGGGUGACGAUACGUAAUAAUAACGAAAUAAUCAAUUGUACAGUACACGAUUAGGUAAAUUGUUGACGAUAACCAGUAGCGACAAUCUGUAUAAAAGAUGGAUGAUAAAGAAGACUUGAAUUACUACGACGAUGAAUAAUCGCCCAUUGUAUAAAUUAUACAUAAAUGUUAACUAUCGCUUGUGUAUUAUAUCUCUGAUUUAAUAAAUGGCAAAUAUAAUAUCCUGAUUACGAA